AUGUACCAGGGCGUGCAGGUGUGUGCCCCGGCUGGUGUCCUGGUGUACCCCAUGCUGCUGCCAUCUCGGAACGCUGCUGUCAAGAUGCCUACAACAGGAGUGUAUAAAAUGGGUGAUGAAAGCAACUAUGGAACUAACUGCUUCCCUGCCAGGAACAUUUUACGUGCAAGUAAAGAAGGGUCUGGGCGCUGGAUGCUGGCACACAGAGCUACCCCAAGGACUUGGACUGAGAAGGGGACCACCAGGAAGACACCACAGCAGAGGAGAAAGCCCCCAGAGUCUGCCUCUGUGGAAGAAAAUAAUGAAGGCAAUGUCUUAGAUGAGCUAUUUCUGAUGAAGCACCACCGUUUGAAGAACCCCUCAGACCUGUGUUCUGUGAACAUAAGCAGCCAAAAUCUGGUCUCUGCUAAAGAAGAUGAUUUUGAGAAAUUUGAUUGUCUUGCUUUUAUAAAUGCUGCUGAGAACCUGCUGACAUUAGAACCAUUUCGGAAGUUUCCAGGACUGCGGGAACUGGAACUUUCCUUGAACGGACUAAGAAAUCUGAAAAUCACCGCUGGAGAUUUCUUGCAUUUGGAAGAUCUGGAUCUCUCCUACAAUAACUUGUCCCCCCAGGACAUUUGGACAUUGGGAGAUUUGUCCCAGCUCAAAGUCCUUCGCUUAACGGCCAACGGGCUUCGAUCCCUGCCUCCGGACCUGGCAGGCUCGUGGGACUCUGCCCAUUUAAGGUUUCCAUCUCUGGAGGUCUUGUUGCUGGAUGACAAUCGUCUGUCAGACCCGAGCGUCUUUGUGAGCCUGUCUCAUCUCUGCAGUUUUUCACACAUUUCCUCUUCCGUCCCCUACCUGCACCAAGCAGAGAGCCAGCAGUUCUUUCUCCACCCCGUGCUGGAUGGUGACAGCUUCAGAGCAGAGUGCUACAAGUCCCUGAGCAGCCUCUGGCAGCGGCCCCGGCCACCGCAGCAGGAGGACAUGGAGGUGCCAGCAGAGCUGGAAGAGAAGAAAGGACAGCUUGAGUAUGUCGUGCUAUGGAACAACAGGGACCCAGGUAGGACGGAGGUCAUUUUUAAUUCUGGCUCUCAGGAACGCCCGCUGCCGGUUAAUCCCAGGGAAGGAGAUCUGUCUGCCUCUAAGACUCUGCCAGCUCCCUCCAUGCGCAGGGACGUUUGUGCCCCCUUUCCUGAGCUGAAGUGUCUCAGCCUGGCCUUCAACAAGAUCGCAGAUGAGACAGCUCUCUUACCAGUGGCUUUCUUCCCGUGCCUGAAGGAGCUGAUGUUUCACAACAACCCACUUACCACCACUCGGAGCGGGCAGCUGCCUCUGCUGACCCAGCUGCUCCAGCACAGUCUGGGGAUUAAACUUGUCCGACAGAAGAACCUAGCCGUGAAGAGGCAGCGCCUCUCUAUCCCUCUCAAAGCCAACCGCAAGGUCACGUCACAUCUCCCCAAAGUCACGAAGCGGCCAUUGAUGCUGGAAGCUCCCGCCAAGGCCUUUCUGUGGAAACAGCUCCCAGCGGUGGAGGAGGCUGCGAGAGAUGCUGCAUAUCUGAGUCUGGCCCAUCCGCUGCCCCCCAUCAGCUCUGCAACCCCAGCCAGCAGCUGGCGGACGGCACUGGAGGAAGGGGAAGGCAACUCCAGGCCUCCUCCUGGCUCCGCUGAGGAGGACAUUCCAUCCUUCUUCAUGACGCAGGUGGAGGAUGAGUCCAGACCCCUGCUGAGACCUGCGGCAGAGGGCAGGCUGGAGAAGAGCAGUGAGCAGAGGCCAGAAGGAAGCUCCCAGGUGGUUCCAGAACAAUACAAAGGCUAUGAGGAGCUGCUUCGUGGAGACACAGACCCAGAUUUGAUGGAGCCAGUUGCAAUACAGAAGAACAUGCAGCCGCUGUACUACAUCCUGACCCCCUCCCUUGUUUACCAGGAUGCCAAACCACGACUGGACAUUGUGCAGAAGCCGUAUGUCCCUCAGAAAAAGCAUGGGAGGAUGCCCAGCCCUCCUGCCCGAAAGACAAAAUCAGAGGUCCUGGAAGGAAUCCUGAUGGCCAUGAGAAACACCUCGACCAUCACGGAAGUACCAUUGGCAUCUGUUUUGCAAAAGAGGAAAUCCAACCCCAGAGCAUACCGGGAGGCACGGAGGCUGAUGGAGGAAUUCCAGGAGGUGUUUGAGAUCCUCCCUGCAACCCUUGGCAAGGAGAUGGCCAAGCUGUCGGAUGAGGCACACGUGGUAGAAGCCCUUCUCAUGGAGGCAACAUCUGAGCAGGGGAACCCUGAGCAGCUACAGCUGCCAGGGAAGACAGCGGCCAAGAAGAUGCCCAAAGUUUAG